AGCAUGACCUUCGGCUCAAGGGGGGGAUUGGAACGCUCCGUCGAACCACGGACAAACACCUCGAAGGACCGCCUUUGACACUGACCUGACCCCACUCGACGAGAUGGUCUUCCGCCGCUUUCGUGGACAAGCGUCCGGGCCCAGCCCGGAAGCUUCGCUGAUGACCCGAGUGAAGAUGCAUGAAGAGGAUGGCUGGGCCGAAGUGGGCGACGUGAAACAACAGCGUGCCGGUACAGGGGCCACCACCGAUGAGGAAGCCUUCGAGCUAGACGAGGCGGAAGAGAUUUGGGAUUGGGCCUUGGAGGGUGAUUCCAGCGAGGGCAGCGUCCACCAAUGGGUCUUAGAUGACUUCCUGGUCAGUGGCGAUCCACCUGUGGCGAUCGCCUCCGCCCCGGAGGUGGUGGAGACCCCUCAGAAGGAGCUGGAGACCACCGAGAUCGAGAUGACUCCCGAUGUGUCCCCCGAACCACCUGAAGAACAUGGCUAUCGCUGCCGUGGCUGCAACGCGUGCAUUUUCCAUGGCUCUGACAUUUUGUCUUCCAACUACCAAGCAAUGACAGGGCCAGGGUACUUGAUCGAUGCGACUCAGAAUACCACGGCAGCCACUGACACUCAGACAGUCGUUUACACCACGGGGUCCUAUGUGAUCCGCGAAGUCUCCUGCGAGUUCUGUGACAACAAGCUGGGUGUGACCUACGUGGUCGCGCCGGACGCGCGGAACGAGUACAAGGUGGGCAAGUUCCUUCUGGGCGCUGACCGAUUGGUCCUGCCGCCCGGGGUCACGCAUCCGAAGGUCAAAUGAACUAAAUCCGUGAGCACGACCGUCGGCGAAAACUCGUGAACAGCAGACCGACGAGAUCUUCGUGACCAGUCGUUAUUAAAGCACUGGAUGUGGGUCAGUGCACUCUGGCACCCCGGGGACCAGAG